CGUUAUCUCUUUUCUUUCCUGUCUAUAUAUACAAAAAAACAUUCACAUUUUUUUUGUAGAAAAAAAAAAUCAGAGGCAUAUAGGGAGAGAAAGAUGGCGAAAGUAUCUUUGUAUUAAUGCAAUCCAGAUCCAUAAUUGUUUUUUUUUUGUUUUAGAGUUUGCUCUUUGAAUAAAUAGACGCAUAGAAGAAGAGGAAGACAAAAAGAGCCAAUUUGGGCUCUGAAAUGUAUAUGCAGUUUAUAGUUCUUCUGAUGUUUGUUGCUGAUCAAGAGAAAUUCCAAGAAAGGGAGUGGGAAAAAGAGAGAUAGACGAAUUUCUUAUCUGGGAGCACUCCAAUGGCUGCAGCGGUUUUCAAAGACCCAAAGAAAACGCACAAAACCAACCAAAGCGAAGUUGAGAUUGCAGAGUGUGAUUGCUGCGGGUUAACUGAGGAGUGCACGCCAGCUUACAUCGCUCGCGUACGUGAAAAGUAUGAAGGGCGAUGGCUUUGCGGGCUUUGUUCGGAGGCGGUUAAAGACGAGGCAGCUAGGUCGGAGGAAAAUAUAACAACUAACGAAGCAUUGGAUAGACACAUGAAGUUUUGUGAGCAGUUCAAGUCUUCGAGUCCUCCAGCUAAUCCUGCUGAGGAUUUGAUCUCAGCAAUGAAACAUCUGCUUCGAAGAACUUUGGAUUCUCCAAGGAAGAAUGGAUCAUCACCUACCUCGUUUGUUCGAUCCAAAGAUUGUUUUUCCACUCUGUGAAAUGGAGAAGUUAAGAGUGAGAUUUUAAGAUGAUCUAUCUAUAUUGGAUUUUGAAUAAGGCAAGGUUUAACUUAGAUAAGUCAUGUUUUAGGUUUUUUUUUUUUUUUUUUUGUCAUCUUCUUGACAUAAGGGAUUGGAUGAAUGAAACUGGAAUCUUCCUUCAUGUCCUUCAAUAAAAUGAUCAUCUUAUCAAAUUACAAAUUUCUUGAAAGUCAGGUAAAAAGGGCAUUCCUUUUACGAAAAUUCUAGUUUUAUAGAACUGUUUGAUUGGUAGCUUUGCAUUACAUUUUGGGUGCCGUAGAGUAUUACCAUUUGUUCAUAUGUUCUU